ACGUUUUGUUAGUGUUACACGUGUUGAAAUUUUAAAACUAAUUAAUAUAAUUAAAGUGCUAUUAAAUUAAUAAAAUGUCAGCUAUUUCCAAUGAAAAUUUUGAUUGCAUCUGUGUGGGAGAUCUUUACGCGAAAAUCACUGGAUAUGCCGAAUCGUUAGAGGGAAUAAAAACAUUAAAAAAAGGAAAAAGUAUUUUUCGCUUCGUCAUCAAUAAUCACCAGGGGCGGCAAGUCAGAUUACUAGCGUGGGACAAAGAUGCAGCUAAAUAUGAAUCUUUAAUUACAGCUAAUUGUAUUUAUUCCUUUGAUUGUUUAAAAUGCACGCCAGUGGACAAAAAUUACUUUGAUCCCAGCGAAGGGCUGGUUGACGUCGAGUUACACAUCUCUUCUAAGACUACUUGCAAAAGAAUUGGUGAUGCUCCAGCCCCACAGGCUCACAAAAUAGUUCCUCUUCGAGAAGUUGCUAAUAUGUAUGGUUAUGUCCUCGUGGAAGGUUUCAUACAUGAUAAGAUAACUGGUAGCGGAUUCAAUGGGUCCGGAUCUGGCUCUAUCACCGAUCGUCAAGUGAAAGUGCGUAUUAAUGUUUACAACAUAAAAAAUCCGUCAGAUGUUAAUGUUCCAGGAGCUCACGUAAGGGUCAAAGGAAAAUUGUGUCGUGAUAAAGAUUAUGGUUUGGUUUAUAUUCAAUGUCAAGAUUUCACUAACAUUGUUUUAAUUAAUGACGAAACGCUGUCUGAAGAUAAAAUAAAUCGUAAUUAUCGAAGCCCACAACCGAAACGUGACAGAUCACAAGAACCUGAUAAAUUCAAUGGAAAGAAAUUUAUCAUGGAAGAUUGUGAUGAUUUAAAGAAUAUGAAGAUCGCAUCAAGUGGAGACGAUUCCAUGAAUUAAAGUAAUAUAAAGACUAAACGGCUAUUUUGGUACUUAGAUAUAAGUAUUAUUGAAACAGUUAACAAGUGAUUGGUUAUAGAUUUAUAAAAGUUAUAAUAAUUAUUAAUAAUUCAGAUUAAAAUGCUAAGUCUUAGAUAUUAAAAAUAAAAUAUU